UCGAAACGAAGAGUCCCUGCCGAUGCUAAAUUCCAAGUACUUCCUUCCCCUUUUUUUCGUCUUUUUCUUUUCCCUUUUCUCGAUUGGCUUCAUUACUGUAAAAUCAGAAACUGCUGGAAACGUACGAAAUGGAACCAGGGAUUCGACAAGGUUGGUCUACAAUGCUAGUGUAGUUCUAGAUGGGAACUCAAAAAUGGGUGCUAUGGCAAAUAUAUGUUUGUCCAUGGCUCUUUCAGAUUUUUAUGCCAAGCACCCAAGUUAUAAUACGAGAUUGUCUCUGCAAAGAUGGGAUUCGCUUAAUGGCCUCGCUGCAGCUUCGUCAGAAUGUCUACCACAACGAUCAGCUGAAGCCUCAUUUGCUAUAGAACUUGGAGGAAGCUCUUCUCCCUCACAAAGUCCUUGUAUUAUCAGAACAGCCAUAGUUGACUUCUCUCGCCUAGCAAAAGCUACGGUUGCCAUAUUGGAAAAUUUUGAAUGGAACGAAGUCAUACUUGUGUACGAAGACAUGGAAUACGGUAAAGCGAUUAUUCCUUAUUUAACCGGUGCAAUAGAAAACAUGGACAUUACGCUAUCCUGCAAGAGUGCAAUCCCCAACUCUGCCGAAGAUUUUCAAAUCUUAGAAGAGCUAAAAGUGCUAAUGACCAUGCAGAGUAAGGUUUUUGUGGUGCACAUGACUACAAACCUUGCCUCUCGUUUGUUCUUUCUUGCAAACAUGGCAGGAAUGAUGAGCGAAGGAUUUGCAUGGCUUGUGACAGAUGGUUUGUCCAGCUUUGUAGAUACCAUGGGCAUGGAUGCUAUAGCUCUUGAUUCAAUGAAGAGCGUCAUAGGCGUAAGGCCCUACGUACCCAAAACGGAAGCUCUCAAGAACUUCGAAACGAGGUAUAAAACAUUAUCCUUGAUGAAGCAACACAACGAGGCAAGUGAGCUAAAUCUCUUCGGUUUGUGGGCUUAUGAUACAAUUUGGGCUUUAGCUAUGACUGUGGAGAGAAUUGGGGCAGUGAAUUCUGGCUUCUUGAAGGAGACGAUGAGCAAAACCUCUGCAGUCCCUCGGAUUACCGAAAUAGGUCCAAGGGGAUUACUUGAGGAAAUCUUGAGCACUAGUUUUACAGGGAUCAGUGGAGAUUUUGACUUGGUUAAUGGGCAGUUGCAUCCUUCGGCCUUUGAAAUAGUUAAUUUAACCGGAAAAGGCGAGGGGAUAAUUGGUUAUUGGACUCCUAACCAAGGGAUAUCUAGACAUGUUGCUUCAGCUAGGAACAAGCUCAAAAAAAUCAUUAUACCUGGAGAGACCAGAAGAACACUUAAUGAAAGGAGUAUGCCUACGGUUAGAGACAAGUGGAGAAUAGGGGUUCCAAGCAAAACAGGGUUCACAGAAUUUGUGAACUUGCAUCCUGGGAGCAAUGACAAUGAGUUACCAGGGUUCUCCAUAGAGGUUUUCAAAGCCGUGUGGGAGGCCGCCUUGCCCGGUACUGAAUAUGAAUUUAAAUUUAUUGACAGAACUUAUGAUGAGCUUUGUUGCCAAGUUAAAGAAAAGAAAAUCGACGCUGCUGUGGGAGAUAUCUCAAUUGUGGCUAGCAGGGUAAAUUGUGUGGAUUUUACAUUGCCAUAUUUGGAGUCAGGAGUGACCAUGCUCAUAAAAGUUAGCCACAAUGGGCCAACAGACAUGUGGAUUUUCAUGAAGCCUUUGAGCUGGGAUCUAUGGUUGACAAUCAUCGCGAUCUGCAUUUUCAUAGGGAUUGUUGUUCGGGUUUUAGAUCGUCGUGAAAAUACAGAAUUCAGUGGAUCACGCAGAAAGCAGCUUAGCUCAAUUCUGAUGUUUCCCUGCCUAUCCGUGGCCGUCCCUCAGAGAGACAUGGUGGUAACCAACUGCUCAAAGUUGGUGUUGGUCCUAUGGAUAUUCUUGGCAUUUAUUUUGAUUCAGAGUUACACGGCAAACCUAUCAUCAAUAUUAACAGUAAACCAAUUACAGCCCACAAUCCCAAGUUUGAGAGAACUGAGAAAACAAUAUAUUGGCUAUCAGAAUCAGUCAUUUGUAAAAGAUUUCUUGAUAAGCCAGUUACAGUUCAAGGAGUCUAUGCUCAAGCCAUAUAGCUCUGUUGAUGACUUUCAAGAGGCCUUGUGCAAGGGAUCUGGUAAUGAGGGAGUUGCUGCCAUCUUUGAUGAAAUUCCCUAUAUUAAAGUCUUUCUAGCCGAAUAUUCUACUGGUUAUAUGAUGGUUGGACCCACCUACAGAACUGAUGGUUUAGGUUUUGCAUUGCCGAUAGGCUCUCCCUUUGUUUCUAAUUUUUCAAGGGCAAUCCUAAAUUUCACUCAAGGAAAAUACAUGUCUCCAAUCGAGAAAAAGUAUUUUGGAAAAAUAUCCAUAUAUCAAGACGAGACUGGGCCAAUCUCUUCGAGUAGCCCAAGUCUUUCUACAAAGAGCUUUGCAGGCCUCUUUAUCAUCAUUGGGGUCGUUGUAUUGCUAGCCUUGGUUGUCUCAGAAAACCAUAUUUUGGGAAGACUCAUCCAAAGAUAUGUUUUUCAUAAUUCUCAUGAUGUCUCAGGAUCAAGAGUUGAACCUACAACUGAGAUGACUGGAACUAACAAUCCUCAGGAAAAUACCAAUCAAGAAAAUCAUGAGUCUAACCAGAUAAGUAAUAGAGAUGAAUCUAGAGAAGAAGCUAUAUUGGAAGUUCACUCAUCAUAGCAAUUAACAGUUACAUACACAAGCAAACUUCAAGGCAUGUUUAGACAUACUGGAAUCAUUUUUAAAGAGAAUGUAUGUGUAUAUAUGUUAAUAUCCCUAUCCUCACCUAAUAUCUAUUUCCACGAUGUACUUUAUAUGUAAUAUAAUAAUACCAAGCUAGGUAUAAAAUGAAACUUGUGUAAGAUAAAAUCUUCGUUGUAAAAU